AUGUUUAAUCAUUGUCAUCUACCAACUCCUUACAUUACCAGAGAUUGUUCACAAAAUUCAUCUUCAUCACAGCAGAAUUGUUCAUUGUUGUGUUCAGUGGUGAAUGUGGGUCAUGUGACUCUCUCCUGGUACAAAGGAAACAGUUUAUUGUCCAGCAUCAGUGUGUCUGAUCUCAGCAUCAGUCUCUCUCUACCUCUGGAGGUGGAAUAUCAGGAUAACAACACCUACAGCUGUGUGCUCAACAAUCCCAUCAGCAACCAGACCACACAUCUGGACAUCAGAAAACUCUGUCAAAUUCACUCAGAACAGUCAAUUAAAGAGCAAGGCCUACCGUUAUUUUACAUAUUGAUCUUUGCUGCCGCUGCCGGAUCUCUGUUGAUUGUAGCUGCAAUUGUGACGUGCUGCUUCUGCAAGAAAUGUAGAAAAACAGUCCAAACCCAUGAGGAAGACUCUGAUUCAGCAUUGUGUAAACCCAAAACACACAAAAAGGUAAGAUCAUUCAUGACUGUGUUGCAAGAAGUUUUUGCAGUCAGUUAAUCUGAUUGAAGUUUUGUGUUUAAUGUGCAUCAGACGGUCAGUGAACAGACGUGGGUGGUUUAGCGGACCAACUGCCAGCACCUAUGAUCAAAGGAUAGUUUAAUCAUGCUUUUUUCCCCAUUUACACUAUGCAUUUCAGUGCAAAUAGAGUAAGUUUUUCAACGAUAGUGAAUGAUGAAUGUCAAAUCCUAACAUUGUCCAUGGCAUGUAAAAUGUUAUCUAAAUUAAAAACUGUAGACUUUAGUGUUUGCUGUGGUCGAUGAGACAUUAACCUGAAGUGGUGCUAUUAGGAGUUAUGACGGACGCUCAAUCAUUCACAUCUAAUGAUGCUUUUUUAUUUUUUUUU